AUGGCUUAUAACAUGGAAAUGCACGCCGAAGACGAGUUUGGCUUGGCUUUUGACUACGCAUCUGGCGCAACAGCCGAGAGAUUUCAGAAUCCUCUCUGGUUUAUCACGGAAAUUUUCACUGGAAGGCGAUUUCGAGAAUCAAUAUCCAUCGUCAAGUCAUUUGGUCAAAGAAUCGUAUCAAGUGCGACGGGUGACAGUGAAAAGCGUGCUGGAAAGCCGGUCGAUACGGUCUCGGCGGAAGAGGCCGUUGAUAGACUGAACGAUAUUUCAGGAAGCCUGAUCCAUUCCUUUUUGGACGCCAUUGGCGAUGAGCAGUUAGUUGCGGACGCCGCGCUAAACUACCUCUCUGCAGGCAGAGACACCACAGCGCAAGCCCUCACAUGGACCUUCUACCUCCUGAUGAAACACCCCGACGUUGUGGUUAAGAUCAGAGACGAAGUCGACAGCCUCACGGCAGGCAGCGAGAAAAGCUUUGAGAAGACCAUUUCCGAACGAUGCAAUCCGACAUCAACGCCAUACACAUUCGCAGUUUUCUGUGAAGCUCUGCGCAUCUUCCCGCCCAUUCCUUUCGAGAUCAAGCAGGUCGUUCAAGCCACGACACUUCCAGACGGAACAUUUUUACCGCAAAACUCCGUCAUCGUUUGGUGCACUUGGGCAAUGAACCGUUCUCGGGUUACCUGGGGCCCAGAUGCAGACCAGUUCCGCCCUGAGCGCUGGCUGGUUGAUGGCAAGGUCCUCAACAAGACUACAUCCGAGUUCCCGGUGUUCAAUGGCGGACCUAGAACUUGCUUAGGCAAGAAAAUGGCUGAGAUUAUAGCCGUCCAAGUCAUUGCCACUGUGGCCGGGCUUUUCGAAUGCGUCAGAGUUGAUGACUUUGAAAGAGUUAGCAAGAGUAGCCUCACACUGCCCAUGAAGGACGGCCUGCCUUGCGUGGUGCGAAGCAGGCACGACGUGUGCAGCAAAUGA